AUGUUUGAACAUGAGUUUGCAGGUGUGAAUGAGACUUUGGAAUGCAUAAGGGAAGAGAAUGAUACAGUGUCAUAUACAAGGAACAGCUCAACUGAUGCAAAAGGCUGUUACAGCAUCCCUGUCCGUGGUGAUCACGAGGAAGAGAUCUGUGUGGUUGUUGCAAACCCACCAAGAAAGGGACAAUGCAGACAGGCAAUGCCAAACAAGUCCGACAGAAUCAUUCUCACCAAAAACAUGGGAGCCGCAACCCAGACACGUUAUUUCAAUCCCCUUGGGUUCAUGACACAGACAACUAAUCUACAAUGCACUGAUGUUGUUCAGGAGCUAGGACUCGACAGACUCCAUGAUGAUUAA